GGGGCGGUGCGAGCGGUGCGAGGUGAGGCCCGGCAAGCUGGACGCCAGGGGAGUGCUUUUCUAGGAGUCGCCAUCCAGUCGCCUCCCCGACCCGGCUGCGCGCCCGGAGGCCAGAUAGCAGGAGUCGCGACGGCCAACCGCGGGCCGGGCCCGAGGAGUAGUAAGACACAGCCGGCUCGCCGGGCCGGGCCAUGGCGCUCGACUUCCUGGCUGGAUGCGCCGGAGGUGUGGCAGGUGUGAUCGUGGGACACCCUUUUGACAUAGUCAAGGUGCGGCUGCAAGUUCAGAGCACAGAGAAGCCUCAGUACAGAGGGACGCUGCACUGCUUCCAGUCCAUCAUCAAGCAGGAGAGUGUGCUGGGCCUGUAUAAAGGCCUGGGCUCGCCACUAAUGGGACUCACCUUCAUCAAUGCACUGGUGUUUGGGGUGCAAGGUAACACCCUCCGGGCCCUGGGCCAAGACUCACCACUCAAUCAGUUCCUGGCCGGUGCAGCAGCAGGCGCCAUUCAGUGUGUCAUCUGCUGCCCCAUGGAACUGGCCAAGACGAGGCUGCAGCUCCAGGCCGUGGGUCCUGCCCGUACCUACAAGGGCUCCCUGGACUGCCUGGUGCAGAUUUACCGGCAUGAGGGCCUGCGCGGCAUCAAUCGAGGCAUGGUGUCCACACUUCUGCGGGAGACGCCAAGCUUUGGCGUCUACUUCCUCACCUAUGAUGUAAUGACCCGCGCCAUGGGCUGCGAGCCAGGUGACCGCCUGCUGGUGCCUAAGCUGCUGCUGGCGGGUGGCACGUCGGGGAUCACAUCCUGGCUCUCCACUUAUCCCAUGGACGUGGUUAAGUCACGACUGCAAGCCGACGGGCUACAAGGAACCCCUCGCUACCGCGGCAUCGUCGACUGCAUGCGGCAGAGCUACCAGGCCGAGGGCUGGCAAGUCUUCACGCGAGGGCUGGCCUCCACGCUGCUCCGUGCCUUCCCGGUCAAUGCUGCCACCUUUGCCACAGUCACUGUGGUGCUUACAUAUACCCGGGGCGAGGAGGCUCAGGUAGACAGUGAGGCAGCUCUGGGCACCUCUCCCACUCCUGCUGGGUCUGCCCUGGCCCAGCCUUCCAGUCUGUGAUGCUUGCCCAGUGCCACUUUGGUGGAACUUGACAACAGAGGGUAUGGCUCCUCAGCCAGUCUUCCUCAUUGGCCUGUGAUGACAGCUGUCUGUACCCUACUGGCCCCCUAUUUCUUAGCCGUAAAAUGGGGACUCCUCCUCAGACAUGGUACAUUCAGGAAGGUCAAGCCUCGCUAAGUCUGCCCUAUGCAGACAGAACUGCCAGUCAGAAUCUUCCAAGCCCAGCACUCCCCGGGGUAUCCCCUGAGCCAACUCUUACAGGCUGGCCAAGGAAGGACCCAGCCGUUCUUCAAAUCCUCCAUCAACUGAGUCCCGGGAAAAUCUCGGUCAUUGUUACAGUGAGGGACAGUGGGUGGCAUGCAACGCUCCCUCUCCGUGUUGCAGAGUCACCCUGCCUCCGUGCCUACCUAGCUUCUCCUCUGCUGCCCUUGGAGUGUGGAGCAGGGCUGGGACCCUGGCACUAAGUCCGUUGAGGAUCACGCCAGUGUAGGGUCUGGGUGGGAGCAGACAGGCCACCGGCCUCAAUGUCUCCACAGGGAAAUUGUGUAGCAGCUGUCGCAAGACAGAGUCUUCUCAGCUCUGAGCCUCGGGCUACCUGUCUGUAAGACGGGCACCUGGCUCAGCUGAUGUCUGACUCGCUUACUGCCAGCCAGGAUUCACACUGGUAGGUAGGCAGAGGGCCCAGAGAACGCAGGAAAUGUGGUCUUUCUGGGCACUGUCAGUGCCUGUGCCCGUGAAAGCAGAGGUCUUGGCACCAGCACAGAGUUGUUGCCAGUUUGGACCUGCCUGGGCGGGGGAAACUGAGCUCUGGCUGGCUCUACUGUCCUCUAAAGGAAUAAAGUCUUGUUUUCU